AAACUGAAAACAUGAUUAUCAAAGCUAGAUAUAAAUUAUAUGGUAAACAGAUCUCUCGUAAAAUUAAUAUCAGAAAAAAUAUUAGUUUAGAAGAGCUUGAGCAAAAGUUACGCGAACGUUUUGACAUAACCUAUGACAAACGUAUAGAGCUCUACUCUCCGGAUGAAGAUAAUGACCUUAUUGUAAUUUCUUUCGAAGAUGAAUUGGCUUUGAUCCUUGCUUCUCAAAAAUUCCCUAUAUUUGAAUUGAUUGUUAAGCCGAAAGUAGUAGAUAAUUUCUACAUUUAUCCAAAUGUCAUAAAAUCAAAACCUGGUGAAACCGCUGAAAUAUUUAUCAAAUCAAAAUGGCUCACCACCGCAAGCAUUAUGCGACAAGAUACUAAAGUUUGGGGAACUGGAAUUUAUACCGAUGAUUCUGACAUCAUCAAAGUAUUGGUUCACUUGGGAAAACUCGAUUUAACUGAACAACCGCCACAAUAUAAUCUGAUCGUUGUACUUCGAUAUUUACCUGGAUGUUUGAAAUAUGUUGGGUCGACGAAUGAAGGCGUUACCUCCGAAGAUUUUGGUCCUUAUGUUACUAGCUAUAUGAUUGACUCCUUUAGAUUUGUGCCUUCGACCAAGGAAGAUUAUUUUUAA